AUGGCUCCGCCAGAACCACAGACGUCUGGUGACUUUGCGGCGAAGCGCCACCUGACGCGGGUACCGACAAUCUCCUCCGUGAGUACGGCAGACUCGAACAACAAUAACCUGCCGGUGAAGAACACCUUCAUCGAUCUUGACAUCGGCCGCCCGCCGUCGCUCGACGGCUUCUUCACCGAGCGGCUCAUCCGGUCAGCGCCGGGGAGCAAAAUCGAGGAGGUGCCUGAUGAGCCUCCCAAGGAGGCUUUUGAUGCUCCGCCGGUGCUGCGACUGGCUGAUGCCCUCACGUUCUCGGGACUACAGCAGACUUCGCACUCGAAGCAGCCCAGCUACAGCCUAGGCUCCGAAGGCCACAAUGCCCGAGAGUGCCACCCGUGCGCUUUCUACUGGAAGGACAAGGGCUGCAGCAGCGGAUCUGAGUGCAACUUCUGCCAUCUCUGCGGACAAGGCGAGAAGAAGCGCAGACAGAAAGAGAAGCGAAAUGUUUGGCGAAGUAUCGAUCGCAUGCGCCAGGCAUUUACGACUGGCAGGACGGAUUGA